AUGAAGUUCUUCUUGCUCUGUGGUGUCAGGCAGGGUUUUGUCUUCUUACUCGUACUUACUCUCUCUCGUUUUAUAUUUCUAUUCUGA